AUGCAAGAGUGGAAUACAGGAAAGGAACCUUUCACAGGAUAUUCAAAGAAGCAAGGGAGUUUCCACGUUUUCAAACCGCUCCUUAGCUCGCCACCACAAGCCGUGCACGACCGUGCCGUGCCGCGCGAACACGAAGGCAACAACUCGCGGCCGCGCGGCACAACCAUGUACCGCGGCCGACCCAUCGGCGCGAACAGGAAGGCAUCGUCCUGUGACCGGCCAAGUUUCAUCGGCCAAAACCUAUCCAUCCGUCCGACCCCGUCGGCCGAACACGAAAACUAUCGGCCACGAUCGACCGUACCGAUGGCCGACUACGAUCCGAUGACGGCCGACCGUCCCGACCGACCGUCCGAACGUCCGUCGACCCGAAGCCCGUUUUGA